GCAUACAGGGUAGGAAGUGACCUCCGUAGAAAUGGCACAAACACGAUGGUAAUUUUGUAGUCUGUUGUAAAAAACGUAUCAUUUUUGGAUUCGAGGUUUUCGUCUUACGACGAGUGGUCACCAUGGCGUCGUUGUUUUCGUGUUGUUUUGGAUGUUGUGGGGACGGCAGCCCUGGACACGUAACCCUCAAGGAAAUGCCAACGGUCCAAUUAGACACACAUCACAUGGGCACUGACGUUGUCAUCGUAAAGAGCGGGAGGAGAAUAUGUGGCACGGGUGGUUGCCUUGCCAACGCUCCCCUGCACCAGAACAAGAGCUACUUUGAGAUCAAAAUUCAGUCUACCGGCAUAUGGGGAAUAGGAGUGGCCACUCAGAAAGCCAACCUGAACCAGGUUCCUAUGGGAAGGGACAACCACAGUUUGGUCCUGAGACAUGAUGGGUCUGUGUAUCACAAUAACGAAGAGAAGAAUCGUCUCCCAGCUAACAGCCUGCCACAGGAGGGGGAUGUAGUGGGUGUGACUUAUGAUCACGUGGAGCUGAAUUUGUACCUGAAUGGGAAGAAUAUGAAUUGUCCGGCUUCUGGGAUUCGAGGAACUGUUUAUCCUGUAGUAUACGUGGACGAUAGUGCAAUAUUGGAUUGUCAGUUUAGUGAUUUUUAUCACACUUCACCACAAGGUUUCCAGAAGAUUCUUUUUGAGCAGCAGAUCUUCUGAGCGCUGUUGAUCCUCAAGUGCAUCAAGUUUUCUGUUUGCAAAGCUGUCUCUUCUCCCCCCCCCCCCCCCCCACAUCAGGAGAUGGUGCCAGACUGGUGCCCAGUUCUGAAGUGCUGUGAUACUCUCACCUCUGUGGUCGUGGCUUUGUUCAUUUAAAGGACUCUAAGGCAAACUAUUGUUUUCAGAAAGGUGUGAUUUAAGAGGAAAUGGUGCCGUUUCCUUUAAAUAAAUAAAUAUUUUGCUUAAAUUAUUAUAUGUAGAUGUUGUCUCUACAAAGACUUUGGUAUAUGUGUACUGUAGUCAAGGUAUACGUUUAUAUGUAUUCCUUUAGAAGUUACUCUCAUCCAAAGUGACUUUACCAAAACUCCAGACUGGACCAUAGCGCCUGUUAUUUCUACAGUGGCAGGUUGCCCAACCUCUGUGAAGUCAAAGCCAAUACAUUUAGAGUCUCUCCCAAUGUCCCCUAAUGAUUAGCCUGUUGCUUAAGAUUGGCAGUGAACAGUCAUGCUGUCUCAGGUCUUUCAAUGGAUAUAACAUUGUAUCAAAAAUAUUGCUCGUUAAUGUUCUAAUGUUCUGAUGUCGAUUCUUUUUUUUUUUUUUACUGGAUCAAUCAGAAAGCAUGGUUCUACUGAUUGACUCUGAAAUUACAAAUUUGUCAUUUCUAAACCUGAAAUUACAAAGGUCUGACAAAGUUUGAGAUGCUUUACCGAGGUAAUAAAUAAAUGAAUAAAUAAAUAAAUAAACAAACAUUGCUCUAAGACCUGAGAUAUUACAUCUUUAAGACCAAAAGUAAAUCACAGAAUCCAGUCAGAUUUUAUGUUUCAGAUAGAGCCCUUGUAAGUGGCUUGAUGCAUAAUGUGCCUCUCUCCUGCUGUGUUUCUGUAAUCAGUUUUUCUCCAAAUUGCAUAUUUUAUCACAGUGAUCUUGUUAUAAUUUUAUCAGCAGUCUUUUUAUGUUUACCUUGUCAAUGAAUGUAUAUUUUUCAAAUGGGAGCAUUAUUCUUAAUGUCAUAUCUCACUACUGGGGGGGGGGGGGGUUGACUGACUUUAUUUGGCUGACUUGAUUUUUUUCAGAUUACAGAAGAAAACUGAAACUGCUACUAUAUUUUGCUUUCUGGAGAUUUAAUCAGAAUGAAAUAUUGUGUAUGAAUUGAACCACUGCCCUCUACCCAUUAAAUUACAUGUUGUAUUGUAUGAUGAUCUCAGCACUGUUUUGUAUGCAUUGAUCAAAUAAGUACAGUUGUGUUGGGUGUUCUCACAGUAAUAAAAGUGUUGCUCUAGG